AUGGCCCUGUGCCUGCCACCUCAAACAUCUCAACUACUGCCUGUGCUGACGUGGACGACGCCAGCUGCGCCACCACGCUGUCGAGGGUGCUGCUGUAGCCCCGCGGGUCCUGUGCUGGCGACAUGCGCAGCGAUCACUGGUGUUCGCAGGCAUCUCUCAGCCAGAUCCGCGCGAACAGUGGCCUCUUCAACCAAACCCUCGUCCAAGGAGGGUGGCCCUCCGGAAGAAGGAAGCAUCCUAGAACUUCGCAUCAAAAAGCUGCUCUCCCACGGCCAGGGACUUGGCCUCUAUGGAAGCAGCGAUUGGGUCGUCAUGGUGAUGUUUGCAAUUCCUGGAGAGAAGGUUGAGGUCCGCAUUGAGCGAAACUACAGCCGCUACUCUGAGGCGAAGCUCCUGAGAGUGCUGGAAUCGUCCCCGGACAGGGUGGAGCCAAAGUGCCCACUGUAUACGAUUUGUGGUGGCUGUCAGUACCAGCAUCUUGCUUAUUCAUCCGAGCUGGCUUGGAAAAGGCUGCAUGUGAAGUCGACGCUCGAGGAUUUCUCCGGCCUCAAUCUACCGGAUGCGCUUGUGGCCGAAACGGCCCCAUCGCCAAAGGAGUACCAUUACAGGCGCAAGCUCACCCCGCGUCUACAAGGUAUGGCGCCGAAUGGGGGCGAUCCCCGUUUCCAGGAUGUGGAUGCAGAUGGCCCAGUUGGCAUUUGUGCGCAGGAGUGGGGCGACCACCGCGAUGCGCGCGGGCGCCGUUUUCGUCCGGUUGUGGAAAUCGAGGCCUGCCCACUGGCAACAGAGGCCAUCAACACGGCACUGCCGGCUGCCAAGGUUGCUCUUCGGCAGCGCGCGGCGAAGUUCUUGGGGCCUUUGUCCAAAGAAGCUCGGCGAUCCGCAUCGAAGCGGAAGCGUGGGGAACUGGUGGCAUUGCUACGGCACACCUCCUUGGAUGGUGUGGUGUGCGACAUGUGGGACCAGGUGGUGACGGAAGAGAUCCCGGGAGUGGGAAAGCUGCUUGCAUCCAUGAACACCUUGAAAGAUCCACAGCUCCAGGAGCUGAUCCUCAUUUAG